AGCAACCAGUCACAGUAAUCCAAAAGUGGCGGCAACAAGAACACACAGUUAUUCGUUCAAAAACCUUCCAGUAAAUUGUCUGGGUCCUCCCCUCCCACAUUCCAACUGAACGCAACCCGUCAGUUAGCUGAACUUCCAACGGGACAGAUUCAGUGGAUUUAGUGAACGAAUUAUUGGUGCUCACGACUUCGGUAGGUUUUCCAGGAAGAGAAGGACCUCUUACUAGAAGCAGGUCCUCACAGGUGCCUAGGAAGAACAGGUAAACGAUAGGCAAGUCACUGAGACGAAUUAAUGAUCGAAUCUUCUUGGAGUAUGGCGAAGACGUUGGUGUUUCUUGUGGGAUGCAUCGCUUUCUGUUCAUCUGCUCGAGCGGAACACGAUUUCCGGGUCUCUGAAGAUAAUGAAGCGGUUGCCUUCAGUCUGCAAAAAGAAAGUUCUAUUACACUAGCAUUUUGGACCAGUGACACAAAUACCUCAUUGACCUUUGAAGUGGAGAAGGCCUCAUUUUUCAAAGAUCACUGGUAUUACCAAAACGAGACAUCUCCAAUCAAACCAAAAAUGUGGCAUUUCUUUGAGAUUUCGUUUAAGGAAUCGACAGUGUACUUCAAUACAUAUGUGAGAUCGGCGGGCUCCAAUCAAUAUGUGACAUCAACUAAGACAAACUCAAGUAAACACAACCUAACCCUGUAUAUUAAGAGCAGAAAAAAGAUCUACUGGCACCAGUGUCUCGACUAUUUCAGCUGCUAUCUGCCUGGGCCAGAAGGCUACAAAGAGCUUCCCGGGCCAGAAGCCUACACAGAGCUAGCACUAGUGUUCUCAGUACCCAUCUGCUGUGUCUGCAUUACGCUAAUUAUAGCGUUGACUGUUUACUUCUCCCGUGUGAAAAAGUCAGCUACUGAAGAACUUGAGGCGAAGGAAGGACAACAAGAGCCCACCAUCAACUUCGGAGUGUCCCCGAGGGAUUCAGUGAGCCAUGAGAGCAUCAACAGCCUCUACUGGACUGUGACCUAAAGCAAUGAGUGAGACUGCUGUGCUAUGUGGGCAAUAUUAUGCUGUAUGUCUCUGUAUUUCAACUCCUAUUGAUUCUAUUGUUCCAUGUUGGGCCACCAUCCCUAGCCAAUCUUUGCCAUGCUUAUUCUUGCACAUAAACUUCACUGGUCGAGUUGGUUGGCCUUAGCAGGUGUUGUAAGUCAUUAUAAAGGCCUGCCCAAGUAAGAUUAUCACAUUGUUUAGUAUUACAAAAUUAUAUAUAGUACAUAUUAUUCUAAAGCCAAAAGUAAUUCCUUAUUGAGUUUCUCUUGUUCUGUCAGUUAUCCUCUGGUUAUUUAGCCUCUCCUGAAAUAUUAAAUCUUCUAUUGUUCAAUCUGUUUGUAGUAGAAUGGCAGACAGGAUGAAGAAUUACUGUAAGAUUUCUGAAGUGAAAAAAUAAAAAUAUAAA